UCAGCUCAGCUCGCUGCGGAGCCCAAUCCGCAAAACCCAGGCAAAACCCCGCCCGCCAUGGAGCUGCAGCUCGCCCCGCCGCUCGGCACCCUCCGCCCCAUCGCCUCCACCCACCACCGCCCCAAGGCCUCCGCCACCGCCGCGCCCUCCACCUCCUCCUCCUCCUCGUCUCCCGCGGAGCCCCUCAAGCCCCGGCCGCGCCUCCCGCCACGGAGCCCCGUCCCCAGGCGGCCGCGGCCCGGCCCCGCCCUCUGCGCCGCCAUCGAGCGCCACGCGGCCGCGGGCCGCCACGCCGAGGCCCUCGACGCGUUCCGCCUCGCCCGCGCCGCGGGGCCCUUCACGCCGCUCCCGCCCGCCACCUACCGCGCGCUCAUCGCCGCCGCCGCCGCGCUGCGGGAGCCCGCCGCGGCCGCGGCGGUGGCCUGGCACGUGGAGAGCUCCGGCGCCGAGGCGGACGUGUACACGCACAACUGCGUCCUCGGGAUGUACCUGAGCUGCGGGAUGCUUGGGGAGGCGCGCCGGGUGUUUGAGGGAAUGCCCGAGCGGAACGGCGUUACGUGGGGGAUCAUGAUGGGCGGGCUCGUCGACCGGGGCCGCCCCCGCGCUGCGCUCGCGCUGUUCCGGGAGAUGCGGGCGGAGGCCGGCGGCGGGGAGGCUCGGCCGAGGGCGGUCGUGGUGGCCGUCCGCGCGGCUACGGCGUCCGGGUCGCUGCGAGCUGGGCGGCAGCUGCACUCUUGCGUCGUCAAGAUGGGGCUGUGCGAUGAUGGUGAGAGCGGCCGGUACCUCUCGUGCGCGCUGCUCGACAUGUACAGCAAGUGUGGGAGGGUGGACUUGGCUUGGCGGGUUUUCGACGCAAUGAUGCCUUAUCAGAGGACCAUCGUGGCGUGGAACUCAAUGUUGGCGGGGUAUGUGCUCCACGGGCACAGCGAGGAGGCGCUGGAGCUGUACCACGAGAUGUGCAGGAGUGGUGUGGCCAUGGACCAGUUCACAUUCUCCACGAUGCUGGGGGUGUUUGCGAGGUUGGGGUUGCUGGAGCAUGCGAAGCAGGCACAUGCUGGACUGAUACAGACAGGAUUGCCGCUGGACAUUGUGGGGAACACGGCGCUUGUGGACUUGUAUUGCAAGUGGGGGAGGAUGGAGGACGCGAGGAAUGUCUUCGAGAGGAUGCCCAAAAGGAACUUGAUCUCUUGGAAUGCUUUGAUAGCAGGAUACGGCUACCAUGGCAUGGGGGAUAUUGCAAUCGAGAUGUUCGAGAGGCUCAUAGCUGAAGGUAUCGCACCAAACCAUGUGACCUUUCUAGCGGUACUGAAUGCAUGUCGGUUUUCUGGUCUUGUUGACAAAGGGAAGAGGACUUUUCAGUUGAUGGCUCAAAAUCCAAAAACGAAACCACGGGCUAUGCACUAUGCAUGUGUUAUUGAGCUUUUUGGUAGAGAAGGCCUGCUUGAUGAAGCCUAUUCAAUGAUACGGAGAGCACCGUUCACCCCAACUGCUAACAUGUGGGGGGCCUUGCUCACUGCUAGCAGGGUCCAUAAGAACAUGCAUCUUGCAAAAUUAGCUGCCGAGCAGCUAUUGGCAAUGGAACCUGAGAAAAUAAACAAUUAUGCUGUGCUCCUCAACUUGUAUAUUAGCUCUGGUAGACAGGAUGAUGCCUGCAAAGUAAUUGAAACACUGAAGAAGAAGGGUCUAUGUAUCAGUAAUGCUUGCAGCUGGGUCACAGUCAAGAAAAAAGAUCAUAGGUUUUUCUUUGAAGAUAGUUUGCACCCGCAAUGCGCUGAAAUAUACAGGAAGUUAGAUGCAUUAAUGAAGGAGGUAAAGGAAGCUGGUUAUGUUGCUGAGGAGAAUGAGCUGCUCCCUGAUGUUCAUCCAGACGAGCAGAAUAUAUCGAGAGCUUACCACAGUGAAAGACUGGCAAUUGCUUUUGGCCUCAUCAGCACAUCUCCAUGUGCUCCCUUGCGGAUCACUCAAAGCCAUCGUUUGUGCCGUGACUGUCACAAAAUAAUCAAGUUUUUCACAAAAGUUACCAAGAGGGAAAUUGUUGUAAGGGAUGGUAGCAGAUUCCAUCACUUCAAACUCGGUAUCUGCUCUUGUGGUGACUACUGGUAAUUGGCUAAUUGCUCCAGAUAUUCUGAAGCCAAUUCUGUAUUGGAAAUAACUUUGAUUAAUGAGGAGAAAGCAGUUUGGCCGAUCAUGAUGCUUCUUCUAUUUCUCUGCACAUGCAUGAGGUGAUCUUCCUUCAACAGCUUCUCUCAGCUGACAGAAGUCUGAGAGCGUGCUACAAUGGCUAAGAUGGGAGCUGCUAUUAUGGUCUGCAUAGUGGUUUUGGCCCUGGAUGUCACUGCUGGCAUACUAGGAAUUGAGGCGCAGGCUGCUCAGAACAAG